UUUGAAUAUGUGCAGAUCAUAAUGUCACGGCCGUAUCUACCGAUUCAUCAAAUUAUAGAUGAAACGAAUAACUGGACUGCACUAAUUCAAGUUGUUGAACGACCAUCGGUUCAGACGAGCAAAAAUAAUGCAUCUAUGCUUUACCGUAGAUAUUUGUUUAAAGAUGAGGAGGGAAUAAAAGUUUAUGCGGUUGCUUAUAUUGUUGUUAUUGACGAAUUUGGUGAACUUCUUAUGUCGUACAAGAGAUACUACCUAUCUGGAGCAAAAGUUCGGCCCGAGGUUCCUCUGUAUCAAUUUCCAGAACUAAUGUCGAAGAAUACCAAGAGUCCCUGCCUCCACAACUUCCAUGCCACAUUGAUAUCCACACCUUUGCAGACAUACACAAGUAUCCAGACACAGACAACCCCAAAAGUUAAAACUUGUUGGAUUAGGGAAAAAAUAAAAUUCAUUCAGGACAACAGACCUUUGUGGACAACCACAUGUUACAUUUGUCGUAAGAAUUACAACAUGCUCCCAAACACCCCAAUGAAAUGUCGUAUCUUCCGCGAGGACUCUCAUGUUGAAGCAAGGUGUCGAUUGCCAAUAGCAGUCGAAGAUCAAACUGGCACUCUAAAUGUUGUAAUCUAUGGCGCGUAUGCAGAACGAUUAAUCACUUAUAGCGGCAAUGAACUAUAUGAGGCAGACCAACAGGGCUGUGACUUAACUAAAGAAAUUGCCGCAUCAGUCGCACGCCACAAAGUUGUGUGCUUCGUCAAACAAUCUGAAUCUGCUUACCACACAAUAGUCAAAUUUUACACUGUUGAAAUGAUGAUGGUUCAGAGCAAUACAUCUACAGGAGAGUCAUCCGGCAAACAAAUUUCUACAACAACACCAUCCAAGGAUAACAAUCCAAAUCUCUUCAACCCAACACUUAAAAAUGUCCUCGAGUCAGUCGCCAUGAAAAUCGAACAAUCGCCAAAUAAACCUCGACCAAAAAAACAAAUCAACUUUGACACCCAACAACGCACCGCAGAAACAGGCAGCUCAACUACAACCCAAUCCUCAUCACAGUCAGCCAUACAGCCACCACAAAACCCUGCUACAAACCCUUCAAUAAAAAUUCGCCCAAAAAUGGAUGAAAACCUUUGCACCAGA